AUGUCUACGCAACAGCAGAAAGCCCUCUUUUUAGAGUCCAAGUGCGGUCAAUUCGCGGUCAGAGCGACUGCCAUCCCGGAACCCAGCGCAGAUGAGGUCCUCAUACGCGUCGAAGCGUCUGCGCUCAAUCCCUCGGACUGGAAGAUUCAACAGUUCGGCAUGGUGGUCGAGGAGUUCCCGACCAUCCUCGGCUGGGACGCAGCGGGCACGAUCGUGACGGUGGGUAGUGCCAUCCAAGACCAGUUUGCGGUAGGCGAUCGCGUGAUUGUGCAAGGAUGGUUUACAGACGGAGGGCGUUCGGCUCACGGCACCUACCGCCAAUACCUCGCCGCUCGUCCGGAGACUGUUGCGAAGAUUCCGCAAGAUUUCCCAUUUGAAACUGCCGCUAGCCUCCCUUCCGGGCUGGUAACUGCGGCGUUCUCCCUCUUCAACGAGAAGGCGGUGCCGUUCAUCUCCUUGAUCAGCUACCGUACGGAGGAAAUGCUUUACGCACGCGGGUACAAGUACCCCAGUGUGGGACUGCAUGUCAUCCGCACAGCCAGCGGGUCACCCCGGAUCUGGUCCAUACAGACGCAGCGGCUUACCCACUAA